AUGAAGGCUACCAGUCAUCCCUCUCAGGCGCGCGACUUGGAGGGCGAUGCACGCCCCGGCGCUACCCAGGUCGACAUCUCGCCAUUUAUUGGCAGAUUGGGCGGUAGCGGCACCGGAUGCUUGUCGCGCGACACGGCCAACGAGGAGUUGCUGAAAGCAUUGCCGGAUGCGGCUCCGUUGAUGAGCCUGUCUGACCAAUUCGCACUUCGGCCAUUUCUCACGCUUGGUCUAUGGAAGGCAGCUGUGAUUGAAGGUGUCGGGUCACUGAUGUUGGUUUGGGUGACAGUGUUCGCCAACGGCUCGCCCCUGGUGUUGCCGUCUGCGCCAACCGAACGCUGGGGCGUCUUUAACAAUGCCACUUUCGUCGGGCCUCUGGUUGGCGGCGUCUUGAAUUUCUUCUACAUCAGCCUGUUCAUCUUUUGUUUCGGCGGCGUCACGGGCGCGCACCUGAACCCGGCCAUCACCAUCGCCACGCUGUUUGCGCGCCUCUGCUCGCUCCCGCGUGCCGUUCUGUACGUGGGGUUUCAGACCGGCGGUGCCGCCGUCGGCGGCCUGCUGGCCCGCGUCGCCCGCGGAAGCCGCGAGUUCAAGACGGGCGGAUGCUGGCUGUUCAGCGACAUUGUGCCGGUCCAAGACGCGUUCGCCAUCGAGUUCAUGGCAUGCCUCAUCAUGCUCUUCUUUGCGUUCGGCACCGGCCUGGAUCCGAGGCAGCGAGAGACGGUUGGACCUACGCUGGGGCCGUUCCUGGUUGGCUUGUCGGUGGCAGGCUUGACGUUUGGGACAGGAUUUGCACGGUACGGCUAUGGCGGCGCUGGCUUGAAUCCGGCGCGCUGCUUUGGUGCAUACGUUGGUAGCCAUUUCCCUGGCUUCCAUUGGAUACAUUGGUAUACACCCCCCAUGAUGGCAUCUGCGUACCAACGCUGGCUGACCUAUACAGGGUGGCCGACAUCACAGCUUGCGCGAUUCACGCUGGCUUUUACCAUCUGGCGCCGCCGUGGAAAGGUAGGGUGCAGUAGCCCGACAGUGUUUCUCGUCCUACCUAUCCUAAAGUAA